AUGGAGUCGCUCGAACGCGUCUUGUCGCGCCCUGUAGCAAAACCAUACCGAAGCGGAACGGUCCAGAACGACGUUAUACAUUUGAAUCAAGAUGGGCACCUGGACUUUUGUGAAGGCGAUGUGGAGAACCCGAAGAACUGGUCAGUGGCAAGGCGAUGGUAUAUAACGAUUGUGUCGAUCUUCCUUGUCAUCUCAGCAACAUUCGCUUCCUCGUCCCCGUCAGGCUGCCUCAACAGCAUAUCUGAGCACUUUGGCGUAUCAGUCUUGGCCUCGAAUCUGGUCACUACAUUAUUCCUACUUGGAUACUGCUUCGGACCGCUUCUAUGGGCGCCAAUCUCAGAGAGAAGUGGCAGAAGAUGGGUCUGUUACGGGACAUACAUCUGCUAUUCUAUCUUCAACUUCCUUUGCGCCUUCACCAACACAUUCGCUGGGCUUUUGGUGGGCAGAUUCCUGACUGGCACAUUCGCGUCCGCGGCACUCAGUAAUGUCCCCGGCGUGCUGGCAGAUCUAUGGGGGCCAGUGGAACGUGGAAACGCAAUGGUUGUCUUCUCGAUGAUGACGUUUGCUGGUCCGGCCCUAGGUCCUGUAGUUUCAGGCUUCUUGGAGCUCAAGAAAGAUUGGCGCUGGGCUUUCUACGUUCUGCUUUGGUUGACUGCGUUGACAUUGGGCCCGCUCUUCACUAUACCAGAAACAUUGCCUGAGCAGGUCUUGGUCAACAAGGCCAAAAGGAUCCGAAAAGCCAAAGUGCCCGGAUAUGAGAAUGUACAGGCCCCAAAGGAGGCAUCAGGGGAUACGCUGGCCCAGAUCUUCCGUGUUACUCUGACUAGGCCUUGGAUCAUACUGUGGGAUCCUAUUUCACUCUUGGUCGCGAUAUACCUGAGCAUUGUAUACGCUUUGCUGUACAUGCUAUUCACGAUCGGUGUUGGCGCCCUUCCUCUCAUUGGAACCAUGGUGGGAGCAUGCAUCGCAGGAGCUAUCGUUUUCUACGAAUCGACUUUUGGAAAGAAGAAAAUGUUGGCAGGGAUUCCACGAAAGCCCGAGGACAGAAUGCCUUUGGCGAUGAUCGGAGGUAUAUUGUUUCCCAUUACCAUGUUCGCAUUCGCCUGGACGGCAAACUUCAACUCUGUCCAUUGGGUUGUUCCCACAAUAGCGGGAAUGUUUCUGUCAACUGCUAUUGUCUUGAUCUUUGUAUCGUAUCUGUCGUAUUUAGCCGACACAUACUUGCAGUAUGCUGCCAGCGCAAUAGCAGCUAACACAGUAUGCCGAAGCGCGUUUGGCGCAGUCGCUCCAUUAUUUACCCAGCAGAUGUUUGAUGCGCUUGGAGUGGGAGGUGCUGGUAGUCUCAUUGGCGGAGUUGCAGUACUACUUGCCCCAAUUCCCUUCCUCUUCUGGAAGUAUGGCGAGAAGAUCCGAGAACGAAGCAAGUUCGCACCGACAGAGAAUACGCCAGAGUCGCAAAGUCGAGAGUUGAAGACAGAAGGAAGCGGCUCCGACGAAGACCGAGCAGGAGGUCGUAGUCCCGUGGAUGUGGAAAAGCAGCACCAGGGCGUGCAGAGCCAAGAUCCAUACCUAGAUGCAGCUGGCCAGGAAAAGGCGGAGCGCAUAGAUGAAAGAGUCUAA